AGAAGAAAAAAAUAGAAGACGAUGUUCACUGAAACGAUUUUGCAAAUGUGACAGCUCUUAAAAUGUCCGUUUCCCUGGCCAGUGCCACUGAACGAGGGAGCUGAUUGAAAUACACUUGGAGAGAGACGCACCUGAGAUUAUACACAAGUAACAACAUGAACACAUUAGAGACCAGAGUUGCAGAGCUGGUGCAAACAUACCCACAUCUUUACGACCGUUCACGUAGAGACUUUCGAGAUUCAGGGAUGAGCUGGAACUCUUGGAAGGAAAUUGCUUCAAAGCUUGGCGUCGAUGACCCGAAAUUAUGCAAAGCAACAUGGAAAAACAUCCGAGACAAAUUUGGAAAAGCAAUGAAAAGGAUGAAGUGCAAAAAUGCAGAUGAGGCGUCGAACACGAAAGUACCCAGGCUGUUCUUGGAAAUGUCCUGGCUCGAACCUUAUGUCCGGCACCGACAAACUGUGUCCAACAUGACAUCUGUAAAACAGGUUCAAACUGAUAAACCUUCAAAACAAAUGAUGGGUGAUGUAUCAUCUCCAUCCACAGCACCAUCAGCCGGUCCAUCCUCUGGUGUAACCAGUGACAGUGAAGCAGAGGAGCGGUGUGCAACUAUUUUUUUGGAUGGCUUUGGCACUUCAAUACUGGAGAGAUCAAGCACACAAUGCAAAGCUGAUGCAAGUUCAGUGAUCAUGUCAACCACUUCAUCAACCCCAUCUGAACCACGCAACAGAAGGAAAAGGAGAAGGGAUGAUGCUGAAGACACAGACAUUAAACAAGUACUUGCUUUCCUGGAGAAGGAAAAAUCUGACAUUUUUGAUAGGCACGCCCAGAUAGUUGCUGAUUUUAUGCGCAAACUGCCACCACGGCACUGUGCCGUCUUUAAAAAAUGCCUACAGGACGUGAUGUUUGACAUUGAGAUGCAAGUGCUGGAAGAACAGAGCACUAAAACACCACAGUAGUGACUGUUUAUUUUAUUUGUUUUUCUUUGACAAAAAUGUUUUUUUUGUUUUUUUUUUUAACCUUUCUGUAAUUUGUUUUUUCUUUACAUAAACACUUUGUUGUAACAGCCUGUUGUUGUUUUAAAUAUGUAAAUAAGCUUAUCUAAAGUUAAAUACACUUUCUGUAAUAAAAAAAAAAUCAUAAAAAACAAAACAAUAUUUAAAGGUAAAUCAUGACUAAUUUUGUUUUUUUUUUAUCAAACCCGUCUUUCAGUAUCUUUGGUUAACCUGUUUAUUUGUGCAUAAUAUAAGACUACUUUGGAUGACAGGCGUAAUUGUUUUUCCUUAUA